UUUAGUGAUUGAAAUUUGUAUUCGUAUUACAAUUUAUCAUGACUGAAAACCGUAAAGGUACCUUUAAGGUAGAAUACCUUCGGCAGAUUGAAAAAGAUAUCCAACGACAAUGGUAUGAACAAAAAAUAUAUGAAAUUGAUGCACCUCCAUCCAAAAAUAGAAGGAAUGCUGAUGAAAAAUAUUUUAUUACAUUUCCUUUCCCUUAUAUGAACGGUAGACUACACUUGGGCCAUACUUUUUCUUUAUCAAAAUGCGAGUUUGCUGUAAGAUAUCACCGUUUGAAAGGUAAAAAAGUUUUGUUUCCAUUUGGUUUUCAUUGUACAGGCAUGCCUAUCAAAGCAUGUGCAGACAAAUUGAAAUGGGAGGUCCAAACAUAUGGUUGUCCACCAGAGUUUCCAGAUAUGGAUGAUGAAGAAAUUGAGGUUGAAGUAAAUACUGAAAUUAUUCAGGAUAAGAGUAAAGGAAAAAAGAGUAAAGCUAUAGCAAAAAGUGGUAAAGCAAAGUAUCAAUGGGAAAUUAUGAAAAGUUUGGGUUUUGAAGAUGAUGAGCAAAUACGUAGUUUUGAGGAUCCAUUAACAUGGUUAAAUUAUUUCCCACCAUUAGCUGUUAAAGAUCUUAAAAGUAUUGGUAUUCAUGUUGAUUGGCGUAGAACAUUUAUUACUACAAACGAAAAUCCAUUUUUUGAUAGUUUCGUUCGUUGGCAGUUUUUACGUCUUCGUGAUAAUAACAAAAUAAAGUAUGGAAAACGUUAUACUGUCUUCUCUCCCAAAGAUAAUCAACCUUGCAUGGACCAUGAUAGAGCUAAAGGAGAAGGUGUUGGUCCUCAAGAGUAUACUUUAAUUAAAAUGAAAGUAAUUAAACCCUAUCCAGAAAAACUCAACUUUAAUAAAAAAACUAUGAAAAAUAAAUCAAUAUUCUUAAUUGCUGCUACUUUACGGCCAGAAACAAUGUAUGGCCAAACUAAUUGUUGGGUUCACCCUGAUUUAGAAUAUGUGGCUUUUAAAUUAAAUGAUGGAAGCAUUUGUAUAUCUACUGAGAGAGCUGCCAAGAAUAUGUCAUAUCAAGGGUUUACUAACAAAAAUGGAGAAUAUGAAAUCAUAGCUAAACUGAAAGGACAAAAUAUUUUAGGUGCCAAAUUAAGAGCACCGCUAAGUUUCAAUGAAGUUAUUUAUACCUUACCUAUGUUAUCAAUUAAAUCUGAUAAAGGUACAGGAGUUGUGACUAGUGUUCCUUCAGAUUCGCCUGAUGAUUAUGCUGCUUUUAUUGAUCUUAAAAAAAAACCGGCAUUUAGAGAAAAGUAUAAUAUAACUGACGAAAUGAUUCUUCCAUAUGAACCUAUACCAAUUAUUGAAAUACCUGGCUUUGGAAAUUUAUGUGCUGUAGCAGUAUAUAAUGAAUUAAAAAUACAGAGUCAAAAUGAUAAAGAUAAAUUACAAAUAGCUAAAGAAAGAAUUUAUUUAAAAGCCUUCUAUGAGGGGGUGGUCAUUGUUGGUGAAUUUAAAGGCCAAAAAGUUCAAGAUGUAAAAAAAUGUUUACAAAAAAAACUUGUGGAAUCUAAUGAAGCUUUUCUUUACUAUGAACCUGAAAAAACCAUAAUGUCUAGGUCUGGUGAUGAAUGUGUUAUUGCUUUAUGUGACCAGUGGUAUUUGGAUUAUGGCGAAUCAGAAUGGAAAGCAGCAGCAGAAUUAGCUUUAAAGAAUUUGAAUACGUACCAUGAUGAGGUUAGGAAAAACUUCACAGCAUGUUUGAACUGGUUACAUGAGUAUGCCUGUUCUAGGACUUAUGGUCUAGGAACAAAAUUACCAUGGGAUGAAUAUUGGUUAAUUGAAUCUUUAUCUGAUUCUACAAUAUAUAUGGCAUAUUACACUGUUGCUCAUAUCUUACAAGAAGGGACUUUUAAAGGAGAAAAUGGAAACCGUUUCAAUAUUAAACCAGAGGAAAUGACUCCAGAAGUUUGGGAUUAUAUAUUUUUAAGUAAUAAAAGUUACCCAAACCAAUGUAAAAUCAAAAAGAAAUAUUUAGAUAUUAUGAAAAAUGAAUUUGAAUAUUGGUAUCCAGUAGAUUUACGGUGUUCUGGCAAAGAUUUAAUUCAGAACCACUUAACAUUUUUUAUUUAUAACCAUUGUGCUAUAUGGGCAAAACAGCCAGAUCUUUGGCCAAGGAGUAUAAGGGCUAAUGGACAUUUGCUAUUGAAUUCAGCGAAAAUGUCUAAAUCAGAUGGAAAUUUUAUGAUAUUAGAAGAAGCAAUAAAUAAAUUUAGUGCGGAUGGCAUGAGAUUCUGUCUAGCUGACGCUGGGGAUACUGUUGAAGAUGCAAAUUUUGUAGAAAGCAUGGCUGAUGCAGGGAUUUUACGACUGUAUACUUUUAUUGAAUGGGUUAAAGAAGUAUUAGCUUCAGAGGAAACUUAUAGAACAGGAUAUACUACUGAUUCAUUUACUGACAUUGUAUUUAUGAACGAAAUAAAUCUUAAAAUUCAACAAACUGGAGAAUUUUAUGAAAAACUUUUAUUCAAAGAAGCGUUGAGAACCGGUUUCUUUGAAUUGCAAGCCGCUCGUGAUAAGUAUCGUGAACUUUGUGGUAAUCCUGAACUUGGAGGUGAAUGUAUGCACAAAGACCUGGUGUUGCAUUUUAUUAAAAUCCAGACUAUUUUAAUAUCACCAAUUUGUCCUCAUGUGGCUGAACAUGUUUACCAAUUAUUAGGAAAUAAGGACAGCGUUGUUAAAGCAAGUUGGCCUCAAGCCAACGAAGUUGAUUAUAAGUUAAUUCAAAGUGGUGAAUAUUUAAUGGAAGCAGCUCAUUCGUUUAGACUUCAACAGAAGAAUAUAUUGAGUAUAGGAACAAAGAAAAAUCAAUCUAAAAAUAAAGAGGUAGAAAAACCGAUAAAAGCUGCAGCAUGGGUUGCAAAAACUUUUCCACCAUGGCAAUCAACAAUAUUGGAAACAAUGAAGCAGUUGUAUACUGAAAAUAAUAAUCUUUUACCGGACAAUAAAACUAUUUCGUCCGCUUUGGGAAAAAAAGAAUUUUUAAAAAAAUAUAUGAAACGAGCAAUGCCUUUUGCACAAAUGAUAAAAGAGAAACUGCUCAAGGUUGGUGAUUCUGCUUUUAACAUCAAAUUAGAUUUUGAUGAAAAACAUGUGCUUGAAUUGAACAAAUCUUACUUGGAGAAUACUUUAAAUUUGGAACAUUUGGAAAUUAAAUAUUCUGAUGAUAGUGAAGCUCCUGAAAAUAUUCGUAAUGAAUGUUGUCCAGGCCAACCAUACAUUACAUUUCUGCCACCUGAUGAAUCAUUAACUUUGAUUAUUAUGAAUACUCAACCGCAAAAACCAUACUUCCAAAAAGAACUUCCUGUGUAUAAUGGUGAUACUGUAGAAAAAUUAAUAAAAAGAAUUAAGAAAUCUGAUCUUAAACUUAGUGGUUCCAAAAUUAAUUUAUGGAGAUUCAAAGAUUCUGUUAUGGGACCAAGAUUGAUAUCCAAUUAUUUACUACCAACAGAGAAUAGUAUCUUGAUGAAAAUUGAUACAAUAUUUUCUAUUGACCUCGACAAAAAACUUAUUGAAUACAAUGAUGGUCAACAAAAAAACCAACCGCUUGGGAGUAAAAUCAUUUAUACUGUUGAGUAAAUACAUGUUCACUAAAUUAUUUGUACUUACGUUGAUGUAUGUAUACUAAUAUUAUUGAACAUUGAUGUAUAAUGUA